AUCGGUGAUUACAACAAACAUUUUUUGAUAACAAUGUCUAUCAGCAUGACUUAUAAUUUUGAUUCACUAAAGUCGACAAAAGGCGCCUCAAAAUUGAGGAGAGAUCUGAUUAAUUCAGAGAUCGCUAAUCUUCGCGAUUUACUACCACUUCCAUCAUCGACUCGGCAAAGACUAUCACAGUUGCAGUUAAUGGCAUUGGUUUGUGUGUACGUAAGGAAAGCCAAUUACUUCCAACACGCCUUUCGUAAACAUGAUUUGACACCAGAGAUACCAAUGCCUCACUUUGGCUUCUCAAAGGCUUUAAGUGGAUUCUUAAUGAUGACAACACAAAAUGGGAAACUUCUUUACAUAUCAGACAAUGCGGCGGAAUAUUUGGGACACUCUAUGGAGGAUCUUCUCAUUCAUGGCGAUAGUGUUUACGAUAUCAUUGAAAAACAAGACCAUCAGACUAUACAGUCUGAACUCAUGCGGACCCCAAACCCUCUAAGCUUAGCACCGGAUACGAGAAUAUUCUUGUGUCGGAUGAAUGUGUCGCGUAAUGCCAGACGACAAAUGAGAUUUGGCGACCAAAAAGUAGUCCUAAUUCAGGGUCAUUUUGUUAGCUUUUUGCCGCUUUGCAGUCGCAAUGAGCCCGUAUUUUUGGCCACUUGUACACCGGUGGCUAUGCCCGAGACCAGGGAGUGUGUUGUCCAGGGAAGCACUAAUGUAUUUACUUCAAUACAUUCAAUGGACAUGAAAUUUAUUCAUUUGGACAGAAACGGAGAAUUUCAUUUGGGAUACAAUAAGGCCUCAGUUCAGGGCCUGUCGUGGUAUGACUUUGUCCAUUGGGAACACCUUAGAGAUGCACAAUCUAAGCACAGACUAAUUACACAAUCAGAACAGGAAAGAUCGUGUAUAUUAUUAUUGAGACUUCAAACCAAUGCCAACACCUGGAUAUGGGUUCAUGUGGUACUCCAGGUUAAGGACAGUAAUGAUAGCUCACAACAACCUGUCAUUGUUUGCACAAAUCAAGUGUUGAGUGAAAAGGAGGCAACAGUAAUGCGAGCGAACAGUUGGUUGUAUCAGUUUUAUUCACUGCACUCUAAAAUGCAUUACGGAUUGGCAUACGAGGCUCACACCACACGACUGCCGACUUAUUAUCCAACGCCAGCUCCCGGUGUCAUGAGUCACGCGUACCAUCACCACCAUCACCAUCACUCACACGCCAGUCCUGUCACAGCCGGUGGUGGUGAGGCGGCAUCGGUUCCCAUGCAUUCGGUUCCAUAUCAUAUUCAUUCUGCAAUCACACCUCUAAAUGGCACUCCAGGACACCGACACCCACAAGCUGUGCUCCAAUACUCACCACAGGCCGGUUCGCUUCCCUAUCCAAGUAUUGUCGCAGCAGUCAAUCAUAGCGCUCAGUCUAUAACUGAUACAGAAGUGCUUAAACAACAAACAGCUAUUAAACGAUCGCAUUCACCAAACAAUACACAAACAGAACCUGAAGAAUGUGAGUCACCGGAACCGCCAACAAAACGUCUUAAUUUAAAUCACCAUAACCUUCCACCUCCACCAUCGUCUACAUACCAUCAUCCGAGAGCAUCAUCUUUUGCUUAUCCGACCUCCAUGUUUGGUGCCGGCGGUUUUAGUACAUCUUCAAUGACAAGUGUAACAGAAUUGGGAUCAGUUAUGUCCGGAUACUAUGGCGGACCGCAAAUGCUGACAUCCGUUCCCUAUCACUCACAAAUAGGACAUCACUUUCGCAACCAAAGCAAAAUGUCAUUCUUAGAUGAGUCAGACAACUGUAUUGAACAACCAUUGAGUGCCAACAACACCGAAGAAGUGUCAAAUAAGAUUACAUUUUCAUCGCCAGCUUAUCUAAAAUACACGUCCGGUCUCAUGUCAUAUCCCUAUCCCGAGUUACCCGAUAGAGAUCUCGAAAAAGUGCGAUCACCGGAGUCUAUAAUCUCCAAUACAUCAGAUUACGGAAGUAUGACAUCCCAAUCACCUCCAUCUGCCUUUGAAAAGCCAAAUAGAAAAGAAAAUUUGACGCUAUUAUCAAAUAAUGGUCUCACAUAUAAUGUUUAUACGGAUCUCUCCAUAUCUCGACCGACACAAGCUAUUCAUAACACUAUAGAUAAAGAUUUAGAUCCAUUGGAUCAUAGAUUUGCAUUUCCUAAUGUGAUUUGGGGUUAUAAUACAGAUAACUCGUCAAUAAGUCAGUUAUCAGCAUUUGGAUCGGCAUUUACUGUCGACACCAAUCCAAUGCAACAUUACUUUAAUGAUCUAAGAAAUGCAAAAAACGAUCAAAUCAUUACUGGUAACGAUUCCGGCCAUACAAUGCAUCUGACGCACGGAUCGCACGCCAACGGCGGCCAUCAUCUGAGCAAUGGAUUGCAUGGAUCGCAUCCGACAAGUCUAGUCAGUGCACCACAAAGUGGUCAGCAUAUGUCGGACCUACAGCCACAGCCACAAACAGCAUCGACAGCUGACAUUCCAUCGCAUAGCUCGUCAUCUCCCAUAUCGACACAAACGGUAUCACCGAUAGGGCUUAGCUCAUCAUCUCAUGGCGUGGGAAGAGCUGCAGGCUAUGCCACUAUUAGCAGUGCUAUUGGAAAGCCUGAGAGAACCACUGGUGCGACCGCCCAGAACUCUAACUGA